AUCCUCCCAUUCCCCCCCCCCCCCUCGGGGAACGUCUCUCUGCAAAAGGAGCUGCCGCAGCGCCGCUCGCAGCACAGGCAGGAUGAUGUGCGAGGUGCUGCCGACCAUCAGCGAGGACGCGCGUCGCGGCUCGGGCUGCGGCGACGAGGCGGGGCUGGAGCAGCUGAUGGUGCAGAUGCUGCGGGAGCGCGAGCGGCUGCUCGAGACGCUGCGGGAGGCGCAGGAGGGGCUGGCGACGGCCCAGCUGCGCCUCCGCGACCUCGCCCACGAGAAGGACGCCCUGCAGCGCCAGCUGGCCACCGCCCUGCCCCAGGAGUUUGCGGCGCUGACGAAGGAACUGAACGUGUGUCGGGAGCAGCUGCAGGAGCGCGAGGAGGAGAUCGCUGAGCUCAAGGCCGAGCGCAACAACACCCGCCUUCUCCUGGAGCACCUGGAGUGUUUGGUGUCCCGCCACGAGCGUUCCCUACGGAUGACGGUGGUCAAGCGCCAAGCUCAGUCCCCAGGAGGUGUCUCCUCCGAAGUUGAGGUCCUCAAAGCCCUCAAGUCCCUCUUCGAGCACCAUAAAGCCCUCGAUGAGAAGGUCCGGGAGAGGCUGCGAGUGGCUCUGGAGAGAGUGGCCGUCCUCGAGGAGGAGUUGGAGGUCUCCAACCAGGAGUCCGUGUCCCUUCGGGAACAGCUCUCGCGACGACGUUCCGGAUUGGACGACACCACCGGAGACACCGCGGCGGAGCCGCGGGGCCGCGAGGCGGAGUUGGAGGCGUCGCUGAGCCGCCAGCGGGCGGUGGCGUCGCAGCAGAGGGGCCGCGUGGCCGCGCUUUGCCGCCAGUUGGGGCGACUCCAGGACGAAGCGGCCGCCGCGCAGCGCGAGCUCCUCCGCGCCCACCAGAGCGGCGCCAAACUGCAGCGCGACCUGAGGGAGGCUUUGGCGCAGAGGGAGGACAUGGAAGAACGGAUCACCACUCUGGAGAAGCGCUACCUCAGCGCCCAACGAGAGGCCACAUCCCUCCACGACGCCAACGACCGCCUGGAGAACGAGUUGGCCAGCAAGGACUCCCUCUACCGCCAGAGCGAGGAGAAGGGCCGUCAACUCCAGGAAUGGUUGGAAGACGCCAAAGCGAAGCUCCAACAGACCCUCCAGAAGGCCGAGACGUUGCCCGAGAUCGAGGCCCAACUGGCCCAGAGGGUGGCGGCUCUCACCAAGGCCGAGGAACGCCACGGGAACUUUGAGGAACGUCUACGGCAACUUGAGGCCCAACUGCAGGAGAAGAACCAGGAGCUGCAGCGGGCUCGGCAGAGGGAAAAGAUGAACGACGAACACAACAAACGCCUCUCGGAGACGGUCGAUCGCCUCCUCUGUGAGUCCAACGAGCGCCUCCAGCUGCACCUCAAGGAGAGGAUGGGGGCCCUGGAGGAGAAGAACUCUCUGAGUGAAGAACUCUCCAAUAUGAAGAAAGUUCAGGACGAACUACUGCUCAACAAAGAGCAGCUUUUGGCGGAGAUGGAGCGAAUGCAGUUGGAACUCGAUCAGCUCCGAGGGCGUUCGGGGGGCGCUUAUUCCAGGUCCCUUCCGGGCAGUGCUUUGGAGCUUCGUUACCCCCAAAGUCCUUCUGGGGGGGUCCCCCUCGACCCCUCCCCCCCCCCAACGCCCCCCCGCGAAGGACCCGUAAGGGGCGGUGGACCCCCCCCCAAGAGACUCCGGUGGACUCCAUCUUUGGGUCCCCCGGAAGGUUCUGAUGAAGAAGAAGAAGAAGAAGAAGAAGAAGGAGUGGGGAAGGGUUCUCCGGACGGACCGACGGACGGACGGACGGACGGACAGACGGACGUUCAGACUUUGGCCUUUAUGCUCCAGGAACAGCUCGAGGCCAUCAACAAAGAGAUCAAACUGAUCCAAGAGGAGAAGGAGAGUACAGAGCUUCGAGCGGAGGAACUGCAGAGCCGCGUUGGGGGGGGGGGAGGGGAAAAGACCCCCCCGGGAAGAUACUCGAGGGGGGGGGGAGGGGGAGGAGGAGGGGGAGGGGCUUCUUUAGCCCCGGUGAACCCCGAAAAUGCCCCCCCGGACCCUAAAACUCCCCCCAAGAAAAAGAGCAUCAAAUCCUCCAUCGGACGCCUCUUCGGAAAGAAGGAAAAGGGGCGUCUGGGGACCCCCCCGAGAGACGCCCCCCCCCUCGGUGGGACCCCCUCGGAUGAUUUGUGCCCCCCCGAAACUCUGGGACUGACGAAGCUCUCGGGGGGAGAGAAGGAUCGAAGGAGCAAAAGAAAGCAUGAACUGCUGGAAGAGGCGUGCAGGCAGGGACUGCCCUUCGCUGCCUGGGAUGGACCCACAGUGGUGUCAUGGCUGGAGCUGUGGGUCGGGAUGCCGGCGUGGUACGUGGCGGCGUGUCGUGCGAACGUGCGAAGCGGAGCCAUCAUGGCAAACCUUUCGGAUACCGAAAUCCAAAGGGAAUUGGGAAUCUCCAAUCCUUUGCAUCGGCUCAAGCUCCGUCUCGCCAUCCAGGAGAUGGUAUCGCUCACCAGUCCUUCGGCUCCCGCCUCCUCUCGCACGUCCACGGGUAACGUGUGGAUGACGCACGAGGAGAUGGAGUCGCUCACGGCCGCCACGAAACCGGAGACAAAGGAGAUCAGCUGGGAGCAGCUGCUGUCGUACGGGGCGAUGAACCACGAGUGGGUGGGGAACGAGUGGCUGCCGAGCCUCGGGCUGCCGCAGUACCGCAGCUUCUUCAUGGAGUCCCUCGUGGACGCGAGGAUGCUCGACCACCUCAGCAAAAAGGAGCUGCGGGGGCAGCUGAAGAUGGUGGAUUCCUUCCACAGGGUGAGUCUCCACUAUGGGAUCCUCUGCCUCAAACGCCUCAACUACGACCGCAAAGAGCUCGAACGGCGCCGGGAAGAGAGUCUGGAGCAGAGCAGGGACGUGGUGGUGUGGUCCAACGAGCGGGUGACGGCGUGGGUGCAGAGCGUGGGGCUGAAGGAGUUCGCCCGGAACCUGGGCGAGAGCGGCGUCCACGGAGCCCUCCUCGCCCUCGACGACACCUUCGACUGGGCCGACCUCGCCCUCCUGCUCCAGAUCCCCACCCAGAACACCCAGGCGCGGCAGCUGCUGGAGAAGGAGUUCAGUGCUUUGAUCACUGCCGGAACCGAACGGCGCCUCGACGAGGAUGGGGGUCCCCCCCUCUCCCCCCCCCCCCCGGCCCCCCCCCGCGCCUUCAGCCGUUCCCCUUCGUGGCGGAAACUGUUCCGGGAGAAGGAGUUGAGGGGGGGCGGAGCGGACACAGCGGAGGUACUGCCCCCCCCGUGUCGGGGGGGUCCCCCAACAUUGCCCCUGCGUAGAGUACAGCCCGACGGGAAUUCACUGCCCCCCCCACAAAGGGGGGAGGGGGUCUCGGUGCGGACGUACUCGUGCUAAUGGUGCCCCUGAAGUGAUGGACAAAGCCUGAAAGUGGGGGGGGCGCAAAAAGUGUCGUCCCCCCCAAAAAAAUGUACCCCCCCAUCUGUUUU